AUGCAGCAGGUCCUGGAUAACCUUACUGAUCUGCCGACAUCGACAGGCGCUGAAGAAAUAGACCUGAUUUUUCUUAAAGGGAUUAUGGAAAACCCUAUUGUAAGAUCACUUGCUAAGGCUCACGAACGACUGGAAGAUUCUAAACUUGAGGCUGUCAGUGACAACAACCUGGAGCUGGUGAAUGAAAUUCUUGAAGACAUCAGUCCCUUAAUAAAUAAAGAUGAAAAUAUUGCAGAAUUGGUUGGAAUACUCAAGGAGCCUCAUUUUCAGUCACUCUUGGAAGCACAUGAUAUUGUGGCUUCAAAAUGUUAUGAUUCCCCUCCUUCUAGCCCAGAAGUCAAUAAUUCUUCAGUGAACAACCAGAUUGUUCCAGUAGAUGCUAUUCGUAUCCUUGGAAUUCACAAAAGAGCAGGAGAACCACUGGGUGUUACGUUUAGAGUUGAGAACAAUGAUCUGGUAAUAGCGCGAAUUCUUCAUGGCGGAAUGAUAGAUCGACAAGGUCUUCUGCAUGUAGGUGACAUUAUUAAAGAGGUGAAUGGCCAUGAGGUUGGAAACAAUCCAAAGGAAUUGCAGGAACUGCUGAAAAGUAUUAGUGGCAGUGUCACUCUGAAGAUUCUCCCCAGCUACAGAGACACUGUUAUUCCUCAACAGGUUUUUGUGAAGUGUCAUUUUGAUUAUAAUCCAUAUAAUGACAACCUCAUCCCAUGCAAAGAAGCAGGUUUGAAAUUUUCUAAAGGAGAAAUUCUUCAGAUUGUAAACCGGGAAGAUCCAAAUUGGUGGCAGGCUAGUCAUGUCAAAGAAGGAGGAAGUGCAGGCCUUAUUCCUAGCCAGUUCCUGGAAGAGAAGAGAAAAGCCUUUGUUAGGAGGGACUGGGACAACUCAGGGCCUUUCUGCGGAACAAUAAGCAGCAAAAAAAAGAAAAAGAUGAUGUAUCUCACUACAAGAAAUGCAGAAUUUGAUCGUCAUGAAAUCCAGAUCUAUGAGGAAGUAGCCAAAAUGCCUCCUUUUCAGAGGAAAACACUAGUCUUAAUUGGGGCCCAGGGAGUGGGGCGAAGAAGUUUGAAGAACAGGUUUAUAGUACUGAAUCCUACUAGGUUUGGAACUACAGUGCCAUUUACUUCACGAAAGCCAAGGGAUGAUGAAAAGGAUGGGCAAGCAUACAGAUUUGUGUCACGAGCUGAAAUGGAGAUGGAUAUUAAAGCUGGCAGAUAUUUAGAGCAUGGAGAAUAUGAAGGAAAUCUUUACGGCACCAAAAUUGAUUCUAUCCUUGAAGUUGUUCAGACAGGAAGGACUUGCAUCUUGGAUGUGAAUCCACAGGCCCUGAAAAUACUGAGGACUUCAGAAUUCAUGCCCUAUGUAGUGUUUAUUGCUGCUCCAGAGUUGGAGACUUUGCGUGCUAUGCACAAGGCUGUGGUAGAUGCUGGAAUUACAACCAAACUUCUCACUGACACUGAUUUGAAAAAAACAGUGGAUGAAAGUGCACGGAUCCAGAGAGCAUACAACCACUAUUUUGAUCUGACCAUUGUAAAUGACAACCUAGACAAAGCCUUUGAGAAGCUACAGACUGCUAUCGAGAGACUGAGGCUGGAACCACAGUGGGUCCCAAUUAGCUGGGUAUAUUGA